UCACAAUGGACUGUACUGAAAAGACAUGUUCAGACAACUGUGAAUGAAACAAACAAGCAUUUCCUUGGUGACGGUGGGACUGAUUCUGUUACCUUAGCAGGUUUUUCUGUGUCCACAGAUAAUUAUUUCAAACAAUACCCGAUUUGCUUUAGUUUCUGGUGUGACUCCAAGUCUGUGUUACAGACACAGUGUAAUUUACCUAUUCAUUUUUUGAGGCUUCACAGUUACAUUGUGUUUAAUUUUUUUACUCUGCUUAGAGUCGUCAGGAUGACAACUGCCACAACCUACUCUUUCCCUUAUGAACAGGUCUGGGAAGAACCUAAAACCCACUCAAAGGAAUGGAGCUGCCGGAUAAGUCUUAACAGAAAAUAACAGUUGCAUUUCUGAGUAUUGUGAAGUUUUGUUUGUUGCAGGAACAGGAUGGAGUUACCAGAUAAAGCUCGGAGGUGUAGCUCCUUUCACAAAAAGAAGCAAUUGCUGGAAGAGUUGGGUGAAAAAGAUGAGUCUGAGCUAGAUGAUUUUCCAAGUGAGCUUGGAGGAGAAGAACAUGCCCUGGAGACCACUGACCAGGAAACAGUGUGUGAAGAGGAAAGCAGUAAAAGUGUAUGUUCCAGUGUUGCUGUGAAAAAGAAGAGGAAGAAAAGGAGAUGACCAGUGAUAAAUCUGAGCAACUGCAAAUAUGAGAGUGUGCGGCGGGCAGCUAAAAUGUGUGGCCUCCGGGAAGGAACUGAGGUUGAUGAUUGGACCCUGUAUUGGACAGAUUCUUCUGUUUCACUAGAUCGGGUGAUGGAAAUGAAAAAUUACCAGAAAAUAAACCAUUUUCCUGGAAUGUCUGAAAUCUGUAGGAAGGACCUUCUGGCUAGAAAUAUGGGCAGGAUGUUAAAGCUCUUUCCUAAGGAAUUUAACUUCUUUCCCAGGACCUGGUGUCUUCCUGCAGACUAUGGAGAACUGCAAGCCUUUGGCCGAUUAAAAAAGCAUAAGACUUACAUCUGUAAACCAGACUCUGGCUGUCAAGGCAGAGGCAUUUUUAUCACAAAAACUGUAAAAGAUAUUAAACCUGGGGAGGAUAUGAUCUGCCAGCUCUAUAUCUCAAAGCCUUUUAUUAUUGAUGGGUUCAAGUUUGAUCUCCGGGUUUAUGUGCUGGUGACAUCAUGUGAUCCACUACGGGUAUUUGUUUAUAAUGAGGGCCUUGCACGCUUUGCAACAUCUGCCUAUUCAGACCCAUCACAGAGCAAUUUGGAUGACGUCUGUAUGCACCUGACUAAUUAUUCAAUUAACAAGCACAGUGCUAAUUUUGUACGAGACGAAGACUCUGGUAGCAAGAGGAAGCUGUCCACCUUUAAUAAAUACAUGGAACAAAAUGGGUAUGAAACGGAGAAGAUAUGGAAGGACAUUGAAGACGUUGUUAUUAAAACACUGAUAUCAGCUCAUCCUAUCAUCAAGCAUAACUAUCUCACUUGCUUCCCCAACCAUACCAUGUGGAGUGCUUGCUUUGAGAUCCUGGGAUUUGAUAUUUUAUUGGAUCGAAAACUAAAACCGUGGUUGCUUGAGGUGAAUCAUUCUCCAAGCUUUAGUACUGAUUCGUGGCUGGACAGAGAAGUCAAAGACCAGCUCUUGUACGACACUCUAGUUCUAAUCAACUUGGGGGCAUGUGAUAAGCGGAAAGUCUUAGAAGAAGAGAAACGUCGGGGAAAGGAGAGGCUUCUUAAGCAGUGCCGUAAUCGAGAAACCAGGGAAUGUAAGAAAGCUUCACAGCCUUCAGCAAAGCUAGGGAGUGCAGCAAGAGGAAACUCACCAGUGUGUGGGCUCAGUACAGAACGGGCUGAGGAAAACAAGAACUGCCAAGCUGCUUGGCUCCAGCAAUCUGAGAAGUACGAAGAGAACAACACAGGAGGGUAUCGCCGAAUUUAUCCCAGUUCUGAUUCAGACAGAUACGAUAAGUUUUUCCAACACAACAAUUCACUCUUCCAGGAAACAGCAGCUUCCAGAGCACGUGAAGAGUAUGCCAGGCAACUGAUCCAGGAACUACGUCUGAAACAGGAGCAAAAAGCAACUCUGUUGAGAGAAAAGAAGGCUGAGCUGCAGGGAGAGUCUAGUGGAGAAAAGAUAAAGAUUGCCAGGCACAAGGUGGUAAGCAGAACAAGAAUGGUUCGAGUUUCUGCCCAGCCUCAGGUUUGUUCAGAGUCUUGCCCUGUGCCUACCUUCCUGCCUGAACAUUUUUCAGAUGUGCAACAACCUGAGAAAAAAGUGGACCAUGGGUCCAACAACUGCUCAGAAAUCCUGGAAAAACUUCCUGUGAGACCAUACAGCUCUGUGCCUGACCUUUCCAGAAGAAACUCAUCCAACACCUCAGAACAAUACAAUUCCACUCCAGAACUGAGAGAUACUAUUAGCAGCCACCACUCUGCACCAGAUAUGAGUGUAAGAUCAAGACUCCAGCAACCAGGCGAGUUUACAAAAGCACAUGGUAAACAAUGCCCAUGUCCUCAUAAACAUUUCUCAGCAAUGGCCCAGCCUCGUGCAAAGAGUGUGACAGCAACAAGCAAGGCUUGCCGGGAUGGUCUACCUAUUAAAAACUUUCGUCCGUUUGAAGAAGAGCCCUUCCGGUCUCAUCGUGGAGGUUAUGUAGACUUGCCAUGCUCUGCUGCACAGACAAUGAGAAUUAAAUUACCUGAAAAAGAACAAGAUAAAAGACCCGUCUCAGAAUUCUUCAGCAAGAUGAAUUGCACACCAGUGGAAAGAAACCUUCGGCUUCUCUUGCAACAGCCAUCUCAUCACUUCACCAACCGAGCACAAAGUGCUUCUCUUUCAAGACGAAUCCUAGGCAGCAGGAGUGCUUCUUGCAGGAAACCCCAAAGGGUCUACCGUGCCCAUGUCCCUGCUGAACGGCAGAUGGUUGAACACCACAGUUUGCAGGACCUUCUGAUGAUCUCCCGUAUGAAAAAUCAGCCCCAAAGAACCAACAAUCCAUCAUUGGGAGAUAGUGCUGUGAACAAGUAACAGGCAAGGGGUCUGAUCCAGUCCUCCACAAACACAGACAUACUGAAUUAUUUGAAUUGUUCAGCCAUAUCCUAUGUACUGUACUAUUCGGUACAAUCCUUUGCCUGCAGCAAAGAACUUUGACUUGUACGAAAAAUGUGUCUUUUUAAGGUAAAUGGGUCAUGAAGUAUUGGAAGCACCUGGUUUUCUGUUCCCUGCAGAAUGAUGUGGCUGGUAUACUGCAAAUGAAAACACCAUCGUCCAUGGAUUUCUAUGAAGAUGGAUGCUGCAUUCAGUGCAUUUCAGAUACUAGAUAAUUUUCUGCAAUGUCCCAACUGUAUGGUCCUCUAGAUCUGCACAUGGAUGGAGUCGUGCCACUGAACUUUGCAAAUGGAAUCAUAAGGACCAAAUGUGAUGUGACACAUGUCUGUAUGUCUCAUCUUUUUUUUCCCUAGAAGGUUACAAUAGGGAUCAAAGUUGUGGGGGAGGAGGGCCUCUUAACCCUCCCUUAAGCUGUUUUGUCAAUUCAAAAGUUUUUCCAUGCUGUUUUUGUACUUGUGGGGGGAAAUGUACAGGAUCUAUAUAUUAUGUUUCUCUGAGAUGAAAACAGCAGCUCAGGAGGAGCAAUUCUGAGUGGACAAACAUCUGGAAUUAUGCAGUCCUGCCUCUCAUAUCUCUGUUUCCUCUGGCAGUUCCAAAGGCUGCUUUUGGUUUAAGGAAACAGGAUAAAGAUUCAAUGACUGGAUUGCUUGUCAUCCCUCAUUAGCUCUAGACUUCUUACAUUUUUCAAAGCAAUUCAUGUUAAUAAAUCUGGUGAGAAGUUGUAAAGAACGAGCAGUUCAAAGAUUCUGAAAAUGGCAAAGAUUUGAGUAUGAGGGAAAUUGGCUUCCCUUCCUGGAAUAAAACAGCCCUGUACAGCUUUGGAUUAUGUAUGCAGUUGUCUAUAGUUGCAAAACAUUUGCUCAAGAUCCUGUAUUUUUCUUGCCAUAUUUGUUGCAACAGCCCUAAAUAUUGUUGCUGCAGUUUACCUCCCCUUCUUACCCUGCCCUGUUUCCACGUUCACAGUGCUUUUGCCAGGAGGAUGGGAUGGUGGACUGCACUUAAACUAUCCAUAGGCAAAAGUGGGCUGUCAAAUUCUCAGCAUGAAAUAUGGGUUACUCAGGGGGGGAAAACCUGGGGAUGAGGAUGUUGAUUGCACAGCAUAGACUUUGGUAUUUGGGGCAAAGUCCCUGCAAUUGCUUGUUUAUGUAACUUUAAUGAAAGUUUAUAGUCAUGAUUACUAGGAGUCAAGGGACUGGGGCUUCCUGGCAGGACUGAAUCUUCCUGGCAGUGCAAAAGUGUGAUUGAGCCUGUAAUAUUCAGAGCAGAAGCAAGCAUGGCAACAAUAAAUGCUUGCUUUUCCAUGCAAUAACGAGGGAAUUGAUUCUACCUUUUUACAUCUUACACCAGCUGAUGCUGACAUAUCUGCGUAAAUGUGGCACACCCUAACAUAUGCUGACAAACGUGUUGAUUUUUAUGGUAAUGAUUGUGCAAUGCGUUUCAACUGUAGGAAGCACUCCUCAUUGUAGCAAUAAUGUUGCCCAGGUCCCACCUAUUCUUAUGUGUGUAUUCUCAGGAGACGGCUUUAUAUAAUUCCCUUUAUGCAGAGGAUGAGAUUUCUGGACUUGUUUAAUUCUGCCAUAUUUGCCCUUUGUCUUAAUUAUCAUGCUUCAGUUAUUGUUUGCCAUGGCUUGUGUCCUAUUGCUUACUACCCUUCCAUCCGAUCACAACCCGUCUAAAUCCAAAAUGAAUCCUGUGGGAAUAAAAUAUUAUUCAGUAUGGGAAUAAAAUAUAUAUGCAAGUUUCAUUUGAUUGCCAUAAUUUAUUUUGGCUGCAAAAUUUGAG